AUGAAAGCAACUAAAUCUCUCACUUAUGCAGUAAAAAAUACUCUUGUUUCCCCAACUUUGCUUCUACGUAGUUACUCAAACCCAUCGCCUAGUCUUUGUAGAUGUGGGUCGUGUGCUCAUGAAGACGUUUAUAUAAAUAUUUUACCUGAUGUAUUGUUUACUGCUAAACCUGGGAGACUAGCAGCUGCUAUUAACAAUUUAAUUGAAUCUAUUUGUGAGCAACAUAUUAGUUGCUGUAGUUCAGUGUAUUAUACUGACAACAGAAUGAGUCGGAUAAUUUCUCAAACAACUGAUGAACAGUGCUGGUGGAAAGACUUAGUUUGUGUACAAAGUGAUGUGAUAGAGUCAUUAACGCCAUUUACACUUGCUUUACGUGCUCUUGUUAACUUUGAAGACUUUUAUACAAGAAAGCAAACAAACAGUUUAACUGAGAUCAUCAAUGUUUGUCGUUCCUGUGAUCAUAAGAAUAAACCGAACUAUAAAGCGAAUCGUUUAAAAUUUUCUGUUGGACUUUGUUCCUACCUUAGUUGCAUCGAUAUGUUUUAUUGGUCUCCUGGUUCGCGUGAGUUGGCAUUUGAAUUUGUUCUGGCUUGGAGUAAACUACUGAUAGAUGAACAGGCAAACAACAAACUUAGUGUACAAGGUGUCUGUUGUAAUCUGGCUCCACAAACUCUCGGUGUAAUUGAAAAUUGUAGUGAAUAUUUAUCUAUGGGUAGGCUGAGUUCGAAUGCCUCUAGAUUUAUUCAAAUUGAACCGGAACAGCCUAUUUUCUCUGAUGAGACUGAUCCAACAAUGAGUAAGAGAAGUGUUGAGAAAUAUACUACGAAAGAGAUUGUCGUAGUUAAAGAUCCAGAAACAAUAUCUUCAGAAAAUAAUCCAAUUAACAACAUCAGUAGACACAAAUCGAUUACUUUAAUCAUUAUUACAGGUGAUGAUGAGGAUUGCGUAUUCGCCAAAAAAUUAAUAAAUAACAAUGAUGAACUUCAUAAAUUGAACAAAGUUUGGAAAUCUGUUGUUGAUAAACAAAUGGAAAGUGUUACAACUAUUGUCUAUAGAAUUGAUGAAUCUCUUGAUAAAGUUAUUCAGUCUAUUAACAAGGUAUGGGGAGAUUACAAGUGUACUGUGUGUUUGGAGAAUAAUCAUUAUUUAUGCACUAAAUGA